ACCUUAAGAGGAUGUCAACGCACCAGUUGUUUUUUCUCUCUGGACCAAGCGCAACAUGGCAAAUGUAUGUUUCGCAGAACUAUUCUAAUGACCCUGUGUUAUUACUUAUUACUUUUGAUAUUAGAGUGGAAUAGUGAAUUAUCAAACUCUCAGCUAAUAACAUUAUCUGUAUUCCUAUGUUGGAUUUUAUUGCAAUAUUUUAAUUUUCAUACAAUUUAUUAGCAUUUUUAAAUUGUAAUAAUUUCCUCACUUUAACUUACAUUAAAAUUAAAAUAUCAUAAGAUAGCUAACUUAGAGACACAGGUUAUGUUUUUAACUUAAAUUUUGAUUUACAACACUAAUAUUAAAAAUUAAAAAUAAUAACUAACACUGGGUUGGUUCUGCUAAACGUAAAUUUGCUAUGUUGCGCAUGAGUCAAGGACAGAGAACAAACAGUACACUGACAUCCUCUUAAAAGUUAAAAGAUAAUAUUAUUACAUUUAACGUCAUUGUAUUGUAUCAGGGUGUCAUCGUGUAUUAGCUACAAACGUCGUCAUCGUCAUCAAUUUUUAUUUUUCACGCAUUACCGGUACUCGUAAUCGGCGGUUAUUCAGAAAUUCAGAACGUCAAUUCUGAUUCAAAUGAUUUUAAUUUAUUAUGGUCAAAUAACCAUGUUAAUACAAAAAUCAUUAGUUCAUUGAGGUCUUAUCAACGCAUCAAUCACUUCCCUAGAUCAUGUGAAUUGACUCGUAAAGAUAAACUGUACAAAAACAUUGAAACUAUGAGCCAUCGCAAUGGAAUUAAAAAGUUCUCUUUUGUUCCUGAAACAUACAUCAUGCCGAAAGAUUACAAUAGAUUUAUUUCGAAUCAAUACCGACAUCGAGGUUUAUGGAUUGUAAAGCCUUUCGAUUUAUCUCGCGGAAGAGGAAUAACAAUUAUUGAUUAUUCAUUUAAGGACACUCAAUCGGCGUUGAAGGAAAAUGUCGUUGUUGCUAAGUAUAUUGACAAUCCUCUGUUGGUGAAUGGAUAUAAGUGGGAUUUACGUUUGUACGUACUAGUUACAUCAUUCAAUCCACUUGUUGUGUACCUGUACGAAGAAGGUUUGGUCAGAUUUGCCACUGUUAAAUAUGUAUGUGAUAGAAGUCGUAUUAAUAAUCGACGAAUGCAUCUUUGCAACUAUAGUGUCAACAAAAGCAGCCCGAGCUAUAUUAGAAAUUCGGAUCCUGAACGAGAAAAUGUAGGCCAUAAGUGGUCCAUGAGCGCUCUUUUGAACCAUCUUAGAGAAGAGUACCUUAUUAAUACUGAAACUUUGAUGGCUGAAAUUGAAGAUAUUGUAGUCAAAACAAUAAUGAGUGCAACUGCACAAAUGUUACCAGCAAUCAAUUGCUUUGUACCUCACAAUCAAAAUUGUUUUGAACUAUACGGGUUUGAUAUUUUGGUGGACGAUAAGUUAAAACCAUGGCUGCUUGAAGUAAACCUAUCUCCAUCAUUAGGGAUAGAUUCUGGACUUGAUUCUCGCAUUAAGAGUUCAAUGCUAUGCGAUUUAUUUACUUUAAUUGGCAUUCCAAUUGUUGACCCUACUGUCUUCAACUUUAACAGAAAUGUUCGUAGACCAAAAUCUGAUAUUCCAAGGAACAGAAAUUCAAAUAUAAAUACUAAUAAUCUCAGUAGUGAUGAAAAAAGAUUAUUGAAAAAUACGAUGGAUCAAAAUCAAAGGAGCAGAGGGUUUAUACGGAUUUUUCCUACAUACCUAUCAUGGAAAAAGUAUUCCUCUUACUUAGAUAAUAUUAAUGGAAUUCCUAGGGGAUCCACUAUACCACCGUUUUAUGUAAAACUAAUAAGAAAUUAUAAUUAUUUUUUAAACGACCAUUUAUUCAGCGAAAAUUCCUCAUUUUAUAUGGAUAUUAGCAGACAAGAUCGCUAUGAAAGGUCCUUAAAAGAUUUUAAGCGGAGCUUAAAUGAUAAUAAAGAUGCGGAUCAAACAACUGAUAUGUCAAAGUUAAAAAAAACAAUUUUAAAAUAUUUAAACAAUGGAUAUGUAUUCAGUAAUCUACAGGCUCGGCAAACCUUUGCUCUAUACUUGACUUACAUUUCUGCUUUAUUAAAAAAUUGUGCUUUGGAGAAAAAUUUUGACAAUCCAUCAAGUAAUCUUGUUUUGAUGUUUUUAAUAAAAGCUUCAAAAAAUCUCAGUGUUCCUUUAAAAAUUGAGGUUUCUAAAUCUUCAUUAUCAAACAAAAAAGCAAUGGAAAUACUUCAAUUAUUGGAAAGUUUUUUAUUGAAAUACAAUUAUGAUACUGUAAUGUAUUUGACCCCAGAAACUACAAAAAAUUGUUUGCCACAUAAAUUGUUUAAUUUAUUUCUCACGCACGCCGGGAAAGAAGAUAUCGAAGAAAUAAUUAAUGAUUCGAAACACAAUUGUUUGUCUUCUGCAAUACACCCGGUGAAUGAUAUUAAAAAUUCUAAAUCAUUAGAAUCAAAAGUUUGGAAAUAAUAUGUUACAAUGCUGAAGCCGAGAUGUUGACAUUUAUAACUUACCCACCGAACUUUUCGUUAUUAAUGUCAUAGAUCUACCAUUGACUAUUGAGUUGUAGGUACCUAUAUGUACUUAUAUGUUUGAAUUUAUAUUUAUUACAACAUAUUUUGUCCCUUCUUAUAUUUGCUUUUAAUUAUUAGUAAUUACUGAUUACUAUAAUUAGUCUUGAAUAUAGUAAUUUUAACAUAUCUUGAUAAACUUGACAUUAUAAUAUUAUGUCUUUUUAUUGUUAAAGCAUAAAAUGUAAACACUAUGCGUUUUGGCAGGAUCGGGUAAGACGCAUUAAAAGCAAAUUACAUUGGUUUUAAUUGUAUAAUAUUAUGUCACACUAGUCACUAGUGGUUACACGUGGCGAUUCGAACGCAUGCGUGGGCGUUUUAAAAUCGCGGUCGAGCUAUGACCAGCGUUUUAAUUACGUCCUCACCAAUAAUUUCUCUCGCGAAAUAAACGCGCCUACGAGCUUUGUAAACGUUUCGUGUGAAUGUAUCGUGUAAAUUGGUAAUAUAUUAUGGUAUAAUUUUCGCGUUCGAAUUGCGAACUGCAAAUUGAACAGCCGUGAUUUAUUGCGAGCACUUGCGACCGGACUCGCCUUUAAUUAUUCCAUCUGUUUGAAUAUCGACAUCACGUGUACUAUUUUUGGCGAUUAUUGUCCGUGAUUUAAAAACGCGAACGCUUGUGUUCGAUUCGCCCCGUAUGGCUGGUAUGUACUAUUAUCGGCCAUAAUAUUUUUAUACUCGAUGUUACUAUAUUGCAUAGACAUAUUAAUAUUGUAGCUAACAGGUCAAUUCCUGCCGCUGAUCUAUCACAACACGAUAUGAUCGGACGGGAGUGCGGAACAUUCGUUUUACUCGAACCCACUAAAACGCACUCGAAAUAGUCUAAUAAAUACUACCUAUAUAAUAUUCAUUAUAUAUUUUGUAAUCGAUGUUGUUAAGAGGACGCUACACGGCCAUUUGUUGUCUUCGUCUUACAAGUGCGUAACCUAUUAUGAAUCUUGAUGGUAAGUACAUUAUCUGUGUUUGUAUGUGGAUUGUGGGUUUUUACGAUAGUCAAUUUUUUACCAAGUUAUGCGUAUAUAAUAUAACGUAAUUUAAACUUUAUUAAUCUCACUUAAAAACUGAAUUAUCGAAAAAACCAACACAUAAACACAGUCUAUGUUCUAACCAUCAAGAUGAAGUUACAUAAUAGGUCGAUUAACUGUUGAACUAACGGAGUUAGUGGACGUGCUAUGUUAAUGUUAUGCACUUAGUAAGACGGAGACAACAAAUAUCCGUGUGGCGUCCUCUUAAAUAUCAAUUGGGUAUAUUCGUAUCUUGUUAAGAAGACUGGAAAAUUUCAAAUACGCCAAUUUCAAAAUAAUAUUGUGAUGAAAAUAUAUUCUAAUGAUAUUUUUAAGAACCAUUGAUGUUUAACUAUGUUCUAACAAAUAAUUUUAAAUAUUUUCUUCCAUUCAGCUUACAAUAUAGUUAUGGUGACUAGAAUCACUUUUUUAUUGCAUUAUUGUAGUUUCCAUGUGUCCUCAACAACAAUAGGUACAGGAAACUGUACUCUUUUAUAAAAAUAUCACAAACUAAUAUUAUUACUUUUCGUAAUUUAUAUUUUAUGAUUUGACCUAAUGCAUCUAUGCGUUUUACUAUAUCAGUACACUAGAACACAAUAUGAUUAGUAGGUACCACAUAAUGUUUUUCCUUCUUAAUAUGACUGAACUAACCUAAUCUAACCUGCACUAUUAUAGUUGCAUUGGACAUUAAGUCAUUAUAUAAUAUGUAAUAAUAAUAUAAUACAUAUAGAUAUUAUAUUAUAAUUUAACAUUAUUAUGAUGGAGGAGCUUAAAUUUAAAAUUUACAAUAUGUUCUUAGAUUUUUGUAUCAGGUCACCAUAACUAUAGUAAACUUAUACCGAUAUUAAAAUAUAAUUAUCAAUUUAAUUUAAGACAGUGUUUACUAUGUAGUUCUAUAACAUCUAAAUUUUACAUUUUUACAGGUAUAAUGUUAUAUACCUACCUUUUUAAAAAUGUUCAACUUAUCCAGUAGUACACAACGAGUAAAAUUAAAACUUAAUGUUCAUGAUGUAGGUACACUAUAUAUAAACAUGACAUACUUAACAAAACUAUAAUAAUAUUAUAAUAAUUUGAAAAUUAUGAGAUGCCAACAUUUUCAAUGUUCCUAAAAUACAAAAUUAUUUUAUUUGUAUUUGCUAAUAUUACACCAAGUCACCAAACUUAUUUGCCAAAAAAUUUAGCCUAAUAAAUAAUAUUUCAUAAUAAUUAUAAUAUUUUAUUUUUAUGAUAAUUGAUAAUAUUUAUCAUGUAAUCAAAUUUAGGUACUAUAUAAAUAUAAAUUAUAAUCAAGUAAUAAUACACUAGCAUCAGUACUAACUGUCUAUUUAAGUAAAUUAAUAAUUUUAAUAUAAAUUUGAUACAUAUGUAUUUUAUAUCUGUUAUUAUUAUUAUUAUAUUAUAUUGAUACAAUGUUUAAUAUUAUACUGAUAUUUUUAAAUUGUAUUUUAUUUAAUAAAAACUGGUCAUUUUAUAUAAAAAAAAAAUUGUUUAUAGCAAUAGAAAUCAAACAUUUUUUAAUUAAUAUGUGUUCAAAAUGAAAUUCGUUCAAUAAUUUUAGGAAUCAUUCAAAUAUUUUUAGAAGUUAAUUAAAACUAUUUUUUACCUGUAGCUUGAGGUUUUCUGUGCAAUUACUGUUCAACUGAAUGCAUUUACUGAAAGGUUUUUAUAACUUAUAAGUACUAGUGUUUACUAAUGUCUUAUAUAUAUUUUUUUUUAGUUUGUGUAUUAUUUAGUGACGUAGUAUGUAUAUUCAUGAUUCUCAUAAUUAAAUUGUAAUUACCUAUACUAAAAUUAUUAAGUAAUAUUUUUUUAUACAUUACACAUGUACCUAUUGCAGAGAAUAUGGAAAACUAAUUAGGAGUAAGCAUUGUGAUAUAAUUAUAUAAAUGUACCUUAACGUCCUUAACAUAAUAUUAUUAAUGUUUGUUUAAAUUUAUAAUUCCAACCACAAAAAUAUGUUAUAUUAAAAAUAGUUUAACCAUAGCUGCUCCACUAUACUUACAAUAAAAAAAAAAAUGUUUCAUUCAAUACUAACUUUUGUAAUCUUUAACUGAAUAACGUUUAGUUUAUUAUUUACCAUUCAACCAAGUUAAUUGCCAUCAUAAUGUCUGGUCAUAUUCUUUCAUUCGUAAGCAACUUAAAAUAAUAUUUUCAUUUCAAAUGUUGAUAAAUAAAUGACCAAUUAUUAAUAUAUUUGAUUUUAAUAAUUAAUAUUUAAUAGGUAUAGAAUUAUUGUAAUUUAAGUCGAUUAUUUGAUUAUUAAAUUGUCUUAAAAAAUUAUUCUGAAAAAAAUCAUAAGUAAUUUAAUUGAAUAUGCAUAGUUGUAACUUGUAAGCAUAGCUCAUAAUCGUAAAUAUUAUGAUGAUAAUCAAAAACCCGCAAUAUAUUGUAUUUUCAUUGUAAUAGGUAUUUAUAUUUGUAUUUAAAUAAUAUUUUUCUAGUCUUAAUUGCUGUGAUUCUAAAUACAUUAACAUUUAUAGCACAUUUUUAAUUUUUAAGUAUUAAAUGCGUAACUAUAAUAUACAUUAUAUAACUAUAAUAAUAUCUACACCCAUUGACACGUUUAAAAGAUCUGGAAUUAGAAAAAAAUAAACACAAGAUCAAAUUUCUUAUGAGAAAUAUCACGAUUACCAUCUCCGUGGCUUUAUUGUAUAAUAAUGAUGUCACGAUGAACGUAAAAUUGCCUAGUCGACAAUAUUCGAAAAUAUUAAAAAUAUUAAUACCAGCUAUUGUUUGAAAGUUUCUCUUUUCGGAUCUAUUGAAUAAUUUUUUUACAACUUUUAAGUUUAUACUAAUGGUGUGCUAUAAAAAUAAUUUAACUACACUAGGUAAUUCACUACCUACAUAAUAUUAUAAUAAUAUGCCACAUUUUCAUUCAUGCAUUUUAGAACGAUUUCAACUUUAUCUAUCAUUACACAAUUAUAGUAUUAUUAUGUACUUUGUACUAUUAUAUUUAUUUAUGUUAUACACUUGACAUAAUUUACUAUAUUACUCAAUAAGCAAUAAGGUAUGUUCUAAAUUAUUUCUAGUUUCAGAAUACUUUUGAAAUAUAACUUAUAAUUUAUAAAUAUUAUCAAAACGUAUGUAUUAUGAUUUAACAAUGUAAUGGAUUUAUAGUUUUAAUAUUGGUGCCUGAUGAUUGUUCAUUAAUUAUUCGUGAAGAUAAAGUUACUAAAUUAUUAUUUAUAAAAACGUCCUUUAUUCUUAAGUUUAAAAUGUAGUAUAUUUUUGCCAUUUUUUGGUAUUUCAAAUAAUCAUAUUGGGUUAAAAUCAAGAAAUUAUUGAUAAUUUUGAUUUCGUUAUUAUUGUGUACCGCUUUUAUUUACAUUAUACCUAAUUUAAUUUUUAAAAGGAUUUAAUUGUAUGAAAUCACAUAGUACCUAUUUUGUUUUAUUUACAUUUUGUGCAAUAUUGUUUUUUUCAUACACAAUAUAAUAAAUUAUGUUUCAAUUGUAUUGUGUUGUUAAUUUUUAUUGCCUUUUUGUUUUUUUUAAAUGAAAAUACUUAACCGUGUAACAAAUUAUUAACCUGCAGUAU